AUGUUAAAAAUUUUAUACAAUAUCAAAAAUUCAUUUAGAUUAAAAUUUCUGAAAUUAAAAAAGUAGACUUAGCUUAAAAUAAAUAUGUAAGAUUUUUAGUAAAAUUAGGACGAAUCACACGAACUCAAAUAGGCAAUUAAGUUCAAACAAGAGAAUCAUAGAAUUAAAAUCAGAAGAGAGAAAUUAAAUAGAUAGUUAAACUUUACAAGAUUGAAAUUCACCAACAAAAAUGAUCCUGAUUUCAAUCAUAAUUAAAUUGAAGACAUCAAAAGUUUAUCUCAAAAUGAGUAAUUGGUCGCUUAAAAAUUGCAGUAGUUAUAAAUUCAUUUUAAUUUAAGAGAGUUUGAUUAAUGCUUCUAAGUGGUUAAGUUUUUCUCUCAAUACACCAUUUUCAACUCAAGCGAAGAAAUUCUUAAAGAAUCAAUACAAAUAUUGAAUGAAACAGACUUUCCUUUGUAUUUAAUUGCAUUUAUUUCUUAAGAAACAGCCGUGAAUUAUCCUUAGCUUUUUAAAACGUCAUUAAAAAUAAUGUAAAAUAUCCCUUACGUGUGGGAUUAGCAAUUUAUCUCUAAGCUUGUAGAAUAUAGAGUUUUAGAUAAUUUAAUAGAAAUUCUUAAAAAUCAGCAGGAUGAAAUUGUUAUUAAUAAUGCCUUAUUCACUCUCGCUAGCUUUAGUUGUACAGAUUAAAAUUGCGUGUAGAGUAAACUAAUAGAGCUAAAAGCAUAUUCUAUUUUCUAACCUUUUUAGAAAUUUGAUGCAUUUAGAACCAAUUUAAUUUAUUUAUAUGAGUGCACCUUUGGAAAUAUGGUCGGUUUAACUGUUGAAGACUUUUCUGAAGAGGACUAAGAUAGCUUUAAGUAUAUAAUUCACUAUUUAAUGAGUGAGCUUAAAAAGAGCUACAAUUAAGAUGACGAAGAUAUAACUUAAUAAGUUUUAUGGGCAUUGUCAGGAAUGGCAAAAAUAGAAGCCCUAAUUGAAUUUAAUGAAAUCAGCGAAUAUGUUUUAAUUUUAGAUAUCUUAGAGAAUAAUCAUAAAGAAUUAGUUAUAAUACCUGCCUUAUGUAUAGUCAAUUAUUUAAGCUACAAUUCUGAUAGAAAUAUAGAAGAGUUUGUCACUUUUGAUUACAUUUCAGUCUUAAAAAAAUACUCAGAUCAUUCAAAUUAUAAAGCUAGAAUUCACACAAUGUAUACUUUUAUAAAUAUGGCAGCCUGCUCAUCACAAAAUAUCAAAGAUGUGCUUCUUGAAAAAAAUUUAGUUUCAAAGUUUAUGGUAAUGAUGCAGCAAGAUAAGCCAAAAAUAAGAAAUUAAUGUGCUUUGUUCUUUGCUUAUUUAUUAGACAAUUCAAAUGAAAAUUUUAUUAGAAGAGCAAUUUAAGAUUAUUACUUUAUGAAUAUAGCCAAAUAAAUAUUUGAAUAAAUUAAUGAUAUUGACAAUAUAUUUAGCUUGCUUAAAACAUUUGAAUAUAUUCUAGAUUGUGUAUAAUCUUAAGAUAUUAUGAUAUUUGUCCUUUAGCAAAUGCAAUACUACAAAAUUAAUGAAUACAUCGAAGAAUUGACAUAAUAACACUUUGAGCAUGUGACUGAUAAGGCUUUAUUAAUUCACGAAAAAUUUGAAGAAUUAAUUCAAUAAUAUGAUAUAAAUUGA